AUGAUUCCGCUUGCUUUACCUGAGGAUCCUACUGCUGUUUCCCGAUAUUUAUCGAGUGCUGUGGAGCGUGCACUUGAUGUAUACAAAGUGAAUGGAUUUUUUUGGACAAUCAAAUUUAAAUCAUCGUUGGGAAAUAUAUCCAAGCUAGACAGGCAAACAUAUGCGCUAUCAGGAGGGACGUUGACUAUUCAGGACGAUUUCGUUCCGGGAUCUGCCUCAAAUGCAUAUGUGAUCUCGAAUCUGCUACCAGGAAUCCCCUACUUUGCCCGUGUGGCAGCGUGGACGGAUGUAGGCCUCGGCGUAUUCACCCCAACAGUUUCUAUCAUACCAAGCAGCAGACCUUCAGCAGUUCAAAGCGUAGCAUCCGGAUACGCUCUUCAUAGGCAAGAGGUUCAGGAGAUACGUGUGGCAGCAUCUCACGUGAUGGAAGUUCAAGAGAUUGAGACUUCAGCAGCGCGUAUAGCAGAAGUUCAAACGCUGCGAACAUUUGUCCCACCUGCAUCAUGUCCAGAAGGCAGCUGCAUUCAAGGAAGGAUAGCAUUUCGCAUUCCAACCGUGCAAACAGUGACAAUUUGGUCAACUGCAGCAAUCGUAUCUGGAACGUUCACCCUGCUCUUCCAAAGAGAAGUACAGAAUGGAAUAUCUGGUACGUUUACGACGAUAGGAUCCAAGACAAGCGCGAUCUCGUGGAAUGCGAAUUCAGAUGCCGUUCAAACAGCACUCACUUCUGUAGUAAACGGAGCACUUGGAGCGGACGAUAUCGUCGUGACUCGAGAUGGCGACGCUUCUGGAAAUUCUAAGUUUGGUUUUGUGUUCCAAAUCACAUUUGUUGGCAAUAAUGUUGCCGGUGAGACGAAGCAAAUUAUAUGUGAUGACACAACGUUUGUGGCUACUGGCAGCGUGGCUGUGUAUUGUGAUGUAGCAAUGAAUACUGACAUCGCUACAGGAACCGAUACUGCAAUACAACAAGUGCUUAUAUCAGCAAAAAGACCCUUGGCGGUCGGGUCUUACAAACUGCAUUUUGAUUAUUUAGGUAUGGACAAAGUCUCGGCUUGUAUCCCGUUCGACGCGUCUGCUGAAGUGCUUGAAACAAUUCUUGAAAGCAUGCCAAAUAUUGAUAAUGUGAUCGUAACUCGAGAGAUUGAUCUCGAUAAAGCACCGAAUGGUUUCGUUUACACAAUCAUUUUCCACGGAAACGGUGUAUAUGGUAACACACCUUUGAUGGUAUGGCUUCUUACGGAUACUGGGUGUACCGCCUUUCAAACGUUGAAUGAGAACGUUUUAACGACUGUGGGUGUCGAUGGAAAAGUUGAAGUUGCCAUGCUCGAUUUUGGUGGUUUCGAUGCAGCAAAUACAUUUGUUGACGCGGCUGCUGGCACAGCCGCGCAACUUGCAAUCGAUCUAAAUAGAUUGCCGAUGUUCGAAUCGGUUUUGGUGACUCAAUCAAUAGCUGAUGAGCAGGGUGGAUACAUAUGGACAGUGGUCUUUGAUGAUUCGCGAGGAAACCUACCGCAAUUUAUUUGUGCCGUCGAUUCAAACACAUUUACCGCCACAGAUUCUGGCUGCGAGACUGACACUUUGACGAAUGGUAACGUUCUCAGUGGUACUUUUCUUCUUGAAACGUCUUCACCGAUUCAGUUCAAUACUGAUGCGAACACGUUAAAAUCUGUACUCGAAGCGGUGCCGCGAAUUGGAAGAGUACAAGUCACACAAUCGGCUCCAUCGCCUCAGUUUGGGUACAUAUGGACAAUCACAUUUCUUGAAAAUACUGGUGACGUACCUAUGCUGCGAGUCACAAAUCUAUUAGUAGGCACAGGUAAUCAGAUUUUGGUUCGAGAAGUUCGAAAAGGUAAUACACUAGGCGGAACCUUUACCCUUACGUAUAUCAACACAGAGACAGCUCCGAUAAGCUGGAAUGCUGCUGCAAUGGCGACUUUAACGCUCGAUGGCACAUCUCUGCAAGAAAAACUGGAAGCAUUGGAUGCUGUUGGUCGAGUAAAUGUAGUUCGAACGGGGCCAGACGAAGAAGGAGGGUACUCAUGGUCAGUGACAUUCUUGGACGAUCUCCUCAAUCCCGGUGAUUUGGACCUUCUUAAAGGUGAUUCGAGAGCAUUAAUAGGCGAAGGUGCUCUAGUAUAUAUUCAAGAGAUCAUUAAAGGCUCAAACGCCGUAGGGGACCAGUUGUGGCUCUCGUUUGACCCACCAUUGAUUGAUGGUGGUAGCCCCAUCACCAAGUACCAAGUGCGGUGGGAUACUUCCGGACAAUUUACUUCCAGUCCGGCCGAUGUUUUCCUCUCGGACGUUGAUAAAAUGUAUCAUAUACAGCGAAUCGCUGCAAGUGCUCCUACUUUUGCGUGGUCAAAUCAGAUGCUUCGAAGUGCAGUUCAGGAAGUGCAGAAAAUCACCAUCCUUACGGUGGGAACCUUUACGUUGUCGUUUCGUGGCUUAACCUCCGGAACGCUUACGACUGUCGCAGCUGGCGCUAGUGGAGCUACAACUAUUGCUAAUCUCAAGUCGAUGCUGGAGGCUCUUGCCUGCGUUGGAACUGUCGUCGUAUCCUCAAUUAAAAGUACGUUGGAAGUGGGGGCUGAAAUCUUGAUUACAUUUACAGCGCAACCUGGUGAUCUUCCGUUAUUAAAAUCGACUCCCAAUACCAUAGCAUCAGUGGUGGAAACGCAGAUCGGGUCGACCAACUAUCGCAAAGAAGUGGUCGUUUUCUCGUGUACGGCAAGCGUGGGAACAGUGCGCUUCGGGUACAAUGGACGGAAUGCAGACGUAAGAAUUGAUGCGGCAUUGGGUGACGUAAAAACGAGCUUGUUGUCUCUGUUUGAUGUUGAGGCAGAAAGUAUCACGGUGUCAAGUGUAGCGCAGACUAUUUUGUGCAAGUCUACAACACCAAGUGAUAUCAAGAUAGUGUUUGAUCGAGUGUAUACUGAGAUAGCCCUGACCAUUUCUCAAGGUAUCGACACUGGAGCUGAUGCUGUGAUUGUGGUGAAUACGGAUGCCUCAAUUGAUGGUGUCUACAAGCACGAUCCCACACUCAGCAUGAGCGGAACCUUUCAGAUCGGGUACCACGGAACGUUCACUCGACCGCUUAAUGUCGAGUCGAGCGCAAAUCAGGUGCGUUUCGCUCUGGAGAGUCUUGAAACUAUUGAGACUGUUGGUGUUACGCGCGAGUUAUCGCAUAAACCAUUACCUGGUAAAGUUGACGUGAUACAUGGCGAAACCUUUGUCGUUUGCAGUGCUGGUGAAACGUGUCAGUUCUAUUCAGCUUCGUAUGGACUCCCAGGGUAUACAAUUCGUAUUGGUGGUGAUUGGUAUACUGUCCGUACAGACUUAGAUUCACCAGGACUGCACAAGACGCGGCUGUAUUUGGGUGACCAGAAUGGUCGAGAGGUUGGGUAUUAUGGAUCAACUGAUACUGCUGUCACCGUAUACGAGUGGACGAAGGGAUACGUGUGGACUGUUGUCAUGCUCAGAGUUACGUCUCCUCUCACCUCUUUGCAGUCAAAAAUUCCGCGGUUGUUUCCUCAAGAUGCUCUCGUGCAAAUAAUUGGAAGUGGAUGCGAUAAAUGCUAUUAUCUUCCGACCCAAACGAGCAAGAAACUCACCAUGGGUCAGCGUUAUUAUAUUGAUGUAACAGCGUACAAUGCUAAUGGCAAAGGAGUCUCCCUUACCAGCCCGAUUACGGCAAUACCAAGUCAAGUUCCUGCGCCACCGUCGAACAUUUACCUUGCUGUCGUUUCGGGGCAUGAACUCGAGAUCAUCUUCUCUCCUCCGCCAUUAGAAACAUUGAAUGUGAGCCCGAACUUUAACAAUGAUAUCUCAUCAUACAUUGUCCAAUGGGAUGUGACGACAUCUUUCAAACAUGGCCGGAAGAUUUGUGCGAGCUGUGCAACGCAACUCAAUGGAGAUGUCUUAUCAGUCUCAAUUCCUCUCACAAAUUUGCUCACACAAACUUCGAAAUUUACGUUCGGAGAUGAUUCGUGCGUGCUGACGGUAGACGUCGUGGGUCUUUCUUCUAUCAACGUCGAGACUGGACACGGGUGUGCAAACUUUAACGGACAAAUGUACUCACUGUUUUACUACACGUUCCCACCAAAGGUUUUGUCAGGUUUGACGAUCCAAGGCUCACCACCAUUUCGGACCGUCAUAUCGGGUCUAACAUCAGGUAGAACCUACUACGUGAGAUUGGCGGCAGUCAAUUCUGUGCCUGUAGAAAAAAUUGCGUCAAGUGGUGAGCCGUCUGAUAACCGACGAUGGAGUUACGCAUUGUCUGCCACUGCCGUGGACUGGGUCCCGGACCCACCACUAUCAGUGUACUUGAACCUAUUUUCAUCCACAACGUUAGAGUUGCAAAUUCAACCAUCGACUCGCGAUGGUAAGGGAGCAGGUGGGACUGCAAUUAUUGGAUUUUGGAUCGACGUAGAUACUGUCUCUACAUUUGACUCUAUCGGUAAGCGAUCUCCAAUUGAGGUGCUUAUUAGCAGUGGCUCCAUUCCGGAGCUUUACACGGGAGGUCCACGAAUUUAUCUCGUCACGGGACUUACAACGGGCACACGGUACUAUGCACAAGUAAAAACACUCAACUCGAUCGGUAGCAGUCGUGCCACAACUUCUCCACGUCCCCAAACGCCUACACAGCAUCCAAGUAGUCCAUCUAAUGUCAAAGCAAGGACACUUACAGCCUCGUCGACUCCAAUUACCACCGCAACUUUAACCUGGCAGAAGCCAACAGACAGCGGUGGCCUACUUUUGACUAGCUACAGGGUUGAAUGGUGGCGGUCCAUAUCUCGCCCAGAAAUUCAAACGAUUGAAUUGAAGUGGACGACGCAGCCAACCGCUGCCUACUUUACGCUAUCGUUUGGUGGCUUAACGACCGCAUCAUUACCUAUGGACAUUUCUGCGGCCAAUCUUCGCUUUGUUCUUAUGAGUCUAGCCUCAGUUACAAGCAUUCCGAUUGGUCACAUUGAUGUCUCUCGUAUACCUGUCAACAUCGUUCAAGGCUACCAAUGGAUUGUGACUUUCAAUAAUGCUAUCAAAAACGCCGGAGAUCAGCCUCUUCUUCAGUAUAGCCAGGGUUUGAUCACAGGAGGCUCAGGCGUCAGUGGGCGGGUAUUUGAGAUGCAGUCUGGAAUAACGGCACCAGUUCCCAGCACGUUUCCCGGAAAACCAGAAGUUCAGGUCUUGGUGACCUUCCAUACCAGUAUUGUGAGUGGCUACUUCCGUAUAAGUUACAAGGGCUCACCUUGGACCAGCUACUUGUCUGCAUCUAUUAGUGCUGCAGAUCUCAAGUCGGCAUUGGAAGCAAUUCCUACUAUUGGGGUUGCUUCUGUGAAAUCAGAGACAAUGUUACUAAGUGGGGCUUCAUGGUCUAAUGGAAGAGUCUGGACGAUCACAUUCGAGUCGAAUGUAGGCAAUAUGGCACCUCUGACUGUCGAUUCAUCGAGAAUCGCUCCUCUCAAUGCAUUUGUUGGAAUCAAGGACGGUGACAAUGCUGUCGACACGACUGGACUACCCUGUUUACCAGACAAUACACCUGGUUGUCCCGGAUCGUGGCCUGUAGGUGCGAAGAAUCUGAAGCAGCAGAACGUUCCGACCAAAACAGUCGCCCAACUGGCUGUUCCCGGGGAAGUAGCUGUUGACUAUGGAUUUUACGAGAUGCUAAAUACUACUUCAACAGAGUAUAAGAUAUCUAAUCUCAUACCGGGAGAAGCGUACGUCAUGUCUGUCUCAGCCAGAAACUCGCAAGGUCUGAGUGCUCGCUCGGUGUCGUCUCCAGAGUUUGUGACACUACCACUCCAGGUGCCCGGUUUGCCUGCCAAUGUUAGCGUGGACGUAAUUUUGGGUUCUUCCACCCAAUUAAACGCGAAAUGGGUCGCUCCUGUCAGCGACGGCGGGAGCCCCAUCAAGAUGUAUAGAAUUGAGUACGAUGUGUCGUCACAAUUUUUUGCUCGUGAGCAUCAAGAUGAAUGGUGUCCGAUAUCGCCGACGCAAGCCAUUUGGUUGGUUCAGACGGUGAGAACCAGUGCUUUGGCAACCGAUCCAAUCGCAAACGGAUAUUUUCGAUUAGAGCUAACUCGAAAAAAUAUUAUUGAAGUUUCGGAUCCUAUCGCUUGGAAUGCCGUCGCGGCUGCAAAAGAUGAAGCACAGUCUGUGACUUCUUCAACUUCCGGAGUAUUCUGCACUGUGGGUAUUCCUGCAUGUACAGCGUCUCAGCGUGAAACGUCAGGAUCUGUGCAGUCAAAACUUGGGUCAAUGUUGCAGCUCUCUGGUGGUGUAGACGUCACCCGUAGUGCGAUGACAUCUAGCGGAGGCUUCACGUGGAGUCUAACGUUUCUUGACGCCGGAGACGAUUUUUCGCUUGCAGCAAGGGAUGUCAAUCUUGCGUGUAUAGGUAUCGGUUGUACAGGAACGUACGACGUACUUUUGUCAAAGAUUAGACCUGGCGUCAUACCUCCACCUUGUAUCGGGAAUCACAUGAUACCAAAGACGGGGGCGCUAAAUAAGGGCCAAUUGUACUACGUGCGUGUUUCUGCGUACAACCAGGUUGGCUUUGGAGAUCCUCAAAUGGCUGCGACGCCUCAGAAACCCAUGGUUGCCCCAGGUCCACCUAUCAGCGUCACACUGGCAGUAGUUUCGGUCUCGGAACUAAAGGUACUGUUUAAUCCACCUACUGACAAUGGCGGAGAUUCGAUAAGUGGGUACGAAGUGCAAUGGGCGACCGAUACAGCGUUCACGUCCUCAAAAUCCGUCUUCAUGCAGAUUACUAACAUGACUAUUCCAUACAAACGAAUCAUCUCUUCCUUGACCAAAGGAACUCGGUACUAUGUUCGUGUUCGAGCAAGCAACUCUCAAGGCUUAGGUCAGUUUCAAGUCUCUUCUCCAGCAUCGCAGCAACCGUACACGACGCCAGGUUCACCAAGUCAAGUAAUUCUCGGAAUUACCAGUUCAACAAUGUUGACAGUUGGAUGGACACCACCCACGGAUGAUGGUGGGGAUUCUAUCUCGGGGUACAUCAUUCAAUGGGACACAAUCGCUACGUUUGAUUCAUUGUCAAUAGAAAGCACCACGGCAGUGGUCAACGACGCGACUGAACGUGCUUAUACAAUCACGCUCUUAACGCCUGGUACACGCUACUUCGUUCGCGUCUGUGCAAAGAAUCGCGGUGGUAAAGGAGCUCCGCAAAUUUCGUCACCGACGUCAAUGAUUCCAGCGACAACGCGUCCCGGAAAGCCACACUCACUCGUUGUAUCUGCUACUGCUACCACCGGUGAGCUUCAAGUCAUAUGGCAAUUACCACGUGUUCCAGCACAUGGAAUUCCGUGUGCUGGAACGUUACAAGUUCCUGAAAAUUGCCCUGUCUUUAAUGGAAUUGACAUGGUGUAUGGUGGUGUGAAUCUGGAAAGUUUUUUAGUGCAGUAUGCAGACUCGAAUGACUUUUCGUUUGCUGCCGAGAUGAGCGCCACGAUAACGUCAGCACUUCUCACGAAUUUGGAAAGCGGUAAACCCUAUUUUGUUCGUGUGCUUGCUGUAAAUAGUCAAGGUCUGAACAGCGAGUUUUGUAUGCGAGGAAAUGCGCAAGGUCUGCUUUGUCCAGAUCACUUAGUAUUGGAAGAUGGUAGUAUUGUUAUGGGAAACUUUGUCUCUGCUCUACCGAAAUAG